AGGCGUGUCCAGAUCUGCCUUUAGGUAAACAAUUCUAUAAAAUGAGUCAGUAAAACUCGAGAGAAGUUAUCAGAGCUUCACACACCUGCUGAGAACAUGAAGAUGAGUCGUGUGUUUCUGGUCCUGGGCUUCGUCCUGAUCAUGGCGCUCUACUCAGACGCUCAGCCUCGGGCCCCAAACCCUGAGGACUGCUGUUUCAACUUCUUCAAUCACAAAAUUCCUUCUAAAGAAAUCCUGAAUGUUAAAAAGACAGGACCACACUGUCCCCACCAAGGCCUUAUUGUUACUACUCGUAAAUUCCCUGGUCUGUGUGUUCAUGAAAUCAGCAUCAAUGGACAAGGACAAGCAUCUUAAUGCUGCAACUGAGAUGCAACACACACACACACGCACACACACACACACACACACACACACACUUCAUAAAGUUUAAGCUUCAACCAUUUAUUCAACAUUUAUAU